AGGAGCAUGAGGAAGACACGGCGAUUUCCCAGCGCGUGCACGCUCAACAAGGAAUGAAGCCCUCAGAUCAUCCCAGGUGGACUCGAGGAGAGGCUACCAGGCUGCCCUACCUCCUCCCUCCGUCUCGCUCGCGGACGGGGCGUGGCGUCACCUGCCUUUCCAACGACGUCGCGGGUCCCCACACCCAGCCCCCCCCGGCGAUGGUCUCGCACGCUUUCGUGAGGCUGUGGUGCCCCAGUGGGCGGCAUCCAAGCCAGGGGAGGAAAGAACCUCCUCGCUCCUCGACCACUUUGAAUCUUCGGUUUGCCAAGGGCAGGCAGGUGCGCACACGGGCCCCGUGUACCCGGUGCGCCGUUCUGCUCGGCGGGGCAUCUGGGGUGGCAUGGGUAGUUUCUAAAAUUGAAUUCUUGGAUCUGGUCGUCAUCUUUGCCCUUGCUCUCUUCCAUCUCUCCCUCCUUGACUGGAGGUGGACACUCCUCCUCCCCCUCAUUUCCUCCCCCUCUCCGCUCCCCUCCUCUUCCUCCUCUCACUUGUCCUUGUACUAUCUCUCCUUCCCCAUUCCCCCCUCCUCCUGUUGCACCUUUUCCCCUCCCUCACCUCCUCAGCCUCCUCCACAGGAGAUCGAGUGCUGCCUGGACUACGAGUGCGAGGGCUGCAGCGGGGAGCAGUGCACGUACUGCCGCAGAGAUCACCAGAAGGGUUGUUGCCUUGGCAAGUGGAUGGCGAAGUACUCGGGGAAGUGUGACGAUGUGAGCCUCCCAGACUACGAGAGUUGCCCAAAAUGCGGACCUUCUCCGUGUCCCAACUGCACCCAGGCCAUGGACAUUGAUGCGUGCCUGGACGAUGCAUGCCGGGGCUGCAGCGGGGAGCAGUGCACGUAUUGUCGCAAGGAGUACGCCACCGUCCAGGGUUGUUGUCUUGGCAAGUGGGCGGCGUCGUACACGGGCAAGUGCGACGAUGUAAGCAUUCCCGAUUAUCUGAGUUGCGGCAAGUGCGGCGGGGAGCCAUGCCCCAUUUGCGUUCAGCAGAGGGACGUGCAAUUCUGCCAGCAGAAGUGCAGCGGGUGCAGCGGCGAGCAGUGCACGUACUGCAGGGAGGAGUGCUGCAAGGGGAAGAGCUUCGCCGAGUACAUCCCCGAGUGCGAGUAGACCGCAGCGCCCCGCUCUCGCCUCUCCCUCGUCCUCGGCACGGCCUUUUUUGUGGGAGGUUGUGCGGUGAGAGCGAAGUCAACCAGGAGGUCGGUUUCGGUUCCAGCUCGUGCUGGGCGUGAGGGCAAUGUGAAGCUGCACGGGGGCGACGAUGCGUCGGCAAAGGGUAGGGAAGUCGGGCAGCAUGCCUCGCCCUCUGGCAUGGUAGGGCGGGGGGGGAGGUUCCGUAAGUUGUCCCGUGGUCGUCCCGUGGGUUGCCCCGCGGAUGCCAAG